CACGGAGUAUUAGAGUACAUGUAGUCCUCCAUUUAUGACCCAAAUUGAGACAUUAAUUUCCACUGCUAAAGAAGGUGGUUGUUGAGUGAGUCAUGCCCAAUUUUACAAACUUUUUUGCCACAGUUUUUGCCACAGUGAAUCACUGCAGUUGUUAAGUGAAUAAUGUGGUUGUUAAGCAAAUCUGGCUUCUCCUAUUAACUUUGCUUAUCAGAAGCCAGCUGAGAAGGUCACAAAUGGCGACUACAAGAGCCUGGGAUGCUGCAGUUAUUAUUAAUACUUGCCUAUUGUUGAGCCUCCGUAUUUUGAUCACAUGACUCUGAGGAUACCACAAUAGUCAUAAUUGUGAGAACUGAUUGUAAGUCACUUUUCUCGGUGCUGUUGUAACUUUGGUGGCUAAACAAAUGUUUGUAAAUUGAGGACUAUCUGUAUACCAAGUUAACAAAAGAAAUUAUCGAUCAAGAUUGGAAAAUAAGUGUUAAAACAAGGAUGUGCCAUAAGUUUGGUCUGAGGACGUACCCAGUAAUUGUGCACCAUAUUGAAGGCCAAACUUUAGAAGUUGAACGCAAAGCCUAAGGAAUGUAACUCUGUAAAUAUUUUAAUAGAUUCAAAAGAUAGACACAAGACUCAGGGAUCUAUUUUUUCCUUCAAAAUCCAAGAGGGGUUAAAUGUUUUUGAUCCCAGUCAUUCUGGAGGUUAACUUCAAAACAGAGUCUGAUAAUCACUUUGCUCCAGUUCAGGUGUAACAGGAAGCUAAGGUUAAUUGAAGACUUCCUGAUUUAUUAUGGAGCGCUGAAGAAAGAAAGCUUAGUUUUGGCACAAGUCUUAUAUUAAGAAUAAAUGUUAACAUAUCAUCUGUUCCAUGAACUGCAAGAAGCUAAUUUCUACAGUCAAACAUCUAGGUCGAUGAUAUGGAAAGAAUAGUAACUACAAAGCCCCACCAAAUUUUGCAACUCAAAUUCAAGAUUUUUGUUGUGCUUCAUCAUUCUGAUAGGGGGGAAAUCUGUUACACAUCUAAGCUAGGAUUGUUAGCUUAGUCAAAUUACCAGCAUUCUUCAUUCCAAAGCCUAAAAUUAGUAGAAUUUUUCAUUAAUAGGAAUUAUCAUUCAUCUAAGCAUUAUUCUGUACUUCUUGGGAUCAGAGUUCAAAUAAAUUUUUUUGAGCAUUUGAAAGAAAAUUAUAGAUUGUCACGUUGCCAGGGAAGAGUGUUAGCUUAGAGCUCUGAGAUGCUAUUUUAAUUACACGGGUUCCUGCAUAACUGCCUAAGAGAUAUUUUAACUGUUUUAACUAUUUUCUAACUCAGUAAUACAUUGAGGAAAUAUUGCCAGUAAAUUCAGAACGAAGAUUUGCAUAGCUGUGUGUGAAAACGGAGAAGUAAUAAACAGGCAAAAUAGCUGGUCUUAUUUCUUUUCAUAAAACCCUUAAGGCACAAAGGAAUUGUCGCAAACAUUGCCAUGAAACCCAAUCUGAAACAAUGGAAACAAGUAAUGCUGUUUGGAAUAUUUGCCUGGGGCCUCCUAUUCCUAUUUAUCUUCAUCUAUUUCACAGAUAGCAACACCACAGAUGCAGUUCCUAGUUCCUUUUCAUAUGUUGAGACUAAAAGACUCUUGCCUAUUCAAGGCAAACAGAGGGUUAUCAUGGGAGCAAUUCAUGACCCACCCUUCUCCGAAACAGUCAAUGAGAUGCUCUUCAACAAAGAUGUCUUAGAUUCAUUCAAGUCAGAGACUGGGAAUAUUAAAAAGUGGACUGGCUUAGAUAAUAGUUUUGAAAGUGAAGAAUUUUUUCCUUCUCAGUUAAGAAGAAAAUCCAAAAGCAAUUUUCAUCAGAGGAACAGUGAUUAUUUAUUUGCUGCUGGUCAGCUUCAGUUAUCAAAUAAUGUUCAGCGAAUAGUGAAAUUAAACUCUGCACAGGGGGAGGUUCAGAAGAGGAAUAUUUUACAGAACAGUUGGUUCCCUCAAAAGAAGAUAAAGAAAAGAGACCUAAAUCACAGAAGAAGAGAAAUGGUUGAAGAGUCCCAUGAAUGGAAUGAAAUUUAUUCCACAAUGUCAAAAUCGUUCCUGUUCAGGCUUUGGAGGGGAGAUGUCUCUUCUAAGAUGCUGAAUCCUCGCCUUCAGAAAGCAAUGAAAGAUUACUUGAAUGCCAACAAGCAUGGGGUGAAGUUCAGAGGGAAGCAAAACUCCCAACUGACUUCAGAACAACUCUUCUGUGAGCUCAAGGCACGGGUAAAGAUCAGAACCAUUGAUGGUGAGGAAGCUCCCUUUUCAGUUCUUGGUUGGAAAAAACACGUCCCUCAAACUUCACUGAAUAAAUUAUAUCCUCGUGGAUUUGGAAGCUGUGCUGUUGUUAUGUCUGCUGGUGCCAUACUGAACUCUUCUCUCGGGCAUGAAAUAGAUUCUCAUGAUGCAGUUCUGCGAUUCAAUUCUGCUCCAACAAAAGGUUAUGAAAAAGAUGUUGGAAAUAAAACUACAAUGCGCAUCAUUAACUCCCAGAUUGUUACUAAUCCUAAUUAUCAUUUCGUCGGUAACUCCUUGUAUAAAGAUGUUAUUUUAGUGGCUUGGGAUCCUGCUCCUUAUUCUUCAAAUUUGGAUAAGUGGUAUAAGAAUCCAGACUACAACUUGUUUACUCCAUACGUACAGCAUCGCAGUAAGAAUCCAAACCAGCCAUUCUACAUUCUUCAUCCAAAAUUUAUAUGGCAGCUCUGGGAUAUUAUUCAGGAGAACACUAAAGAAAAAAUACAACCCAACCCUCCUUCGUCAGGUUUCAUUGGGAUUUUCAUCAUGAUGUCCAUGUGCAGUGAAGUCCACGUGUACGAAUAUAUUCCAUCCAUUCGACAAACUGAUCUUUGCCAUUACCAUGAACAUUACCAUGAUGCAGCUUGUACCUUGGGGGCUUAUCACCCUCUGCUUUAUGAGAAACUGCUGGUGCAGAGGAUGAACACAGGACUCAAGGAGGAUUUAUAUCGGAAAGGGAAAGUGGUUUUGCCAGGAUUUCGGUCAGCAAGAUGCCGACGACGAUUCUGGUUCCCAUAAGAAUGAUACCUUUCUCAAACAAUGUGCAAUAAGGUGCUAUAGUCAUACUGAUAAAUAGCAGAAAUACUUGAAAAAUGGAUCCUAGACUAACCAGUCUUAAGUCUACAGUGUGUAGUUAAGUAGCAGGCAUGACAGAAAUUCUUGUUUCUAGGGCCUCUUAUUUUUUCUUUGCAAGGUUUUUUUUAAAGAUGUAGCUUUUUGAGAAAUGCAAAAUAUAGUGAAAAUAAACUUGAGUAUUUAUAUGUGGUCUGCCAGAAAACGUUUCUACUUACAUGUGUCAUAUUAAAGCCUUUUAGAGGGAGCAUUUUAUUAGUUUAGCGUAAUCCAAUAAAACAGUUCUUAGAACAAAAAUAAAAAUGGAAUGAUAGCAAAAAGUUCUAGCCUAGGAUUUCUAUCCUUUCCCUCUUCUAAAUUUUUUAAAAAAGAACAAUAAAAAGAACAAAAACUGGAUGUGUAUUUAAUACAAUGAGCCAUAUUCUUUUCAUUCUUUAUUUCGUCUAGUGCUAGAACAUGGCAUCCCAGUCUUACAAGUAUUUUGUGCUAGUCUAUUUUAAAAUGCAUUAAGACUGUAUUUGAUUAAAUAUAUAGAUUUAUAAAUAGAUAGGAAAGAGUAAUGAGAGAAACUACCUAUUAUUUCAAAAAACAGUUUAUUAUUUUGAGCUGAUGCAUUAGCCAAAAAACCCUCUAAAAAUCUGCAGGGGGAAAAAAUAUCCUGCAGAGUGGAAAAGAACAUGGUUUAUAUGCAGGAGAUUUCAAGUUAAAUUCCAGCAUCUCUAGCUAAGGCUGGGGGAAAAAAGUCUAACCAUUGCCAAUAAAUAUUGGAUUAGGUCAGGGGUGUCAAACUCCUGGCCCAUGGGUUGGAUACAUCACACACUGGCCACACUCACCCCCCUUUAGCAAAAGGGGGAAAAGUCGCGAUAUGUCAUGUGACGACGUGACACUGUGAGUUUGAAACCCUUGGAUUAGAUGGAUCAGUGAUCUAUGAAACAGAUUGUUUGCUUAAAGCAACUUAUACUGAUUGAGGAAUAUUAAAGUGCUGCUUUUGCCUUUGACAAUUUGUCCAGGUUCCGAGCAGGGAAAAUAGAUAUAGAAACUGAUACUGAUAUAGAUCAUUGAAAAAUGUUUAUUAGAACAAACUACAUCUAAUCAAUCAUCCAUUUUUAUUCCAAAAAAAGACAAGUUGAUGCCUCAGGGAAGUUCAGAUGUAGAGCUUAAAGCUUAUAGACCCCUACGGAGACAGAGACUUCCUCUGAAUCCAAUAUUUGGGCAUUAGCUAACCAUUUUCUUAAAUAUGAAGAUCUGUUGAGCUGCCUUUCCUAAUUGCAAGUAAGUAUUUGGCAUUACCAAAAAUAUUUACUUUGUACCCUGACUAAAAUUAUAACUUUUAAAAAAAUAGUUUGGGUCAAGAUGAACAAGGUUGGUGUUUCAGAACUACAUAGGAAACACUUUUUUUAAAAAAAGCUGGAAACACUAUUGUUUACUAACGAAAAUAAUUUACAUAGUACACAUUUUUAUGAUAUGCGUAUCAUAAAAAGUAUCAUUUGAUACAUAGCAGUAUACUUCGAGCAGUCACUUUAACCAAAUGUCAUUUGAUAUUCCUUCUAGGAUUUUUAUUCAGUAUAUAGUGCCAAAUUGUCUUUUUCCAAGUAUUGCCUGUUUUCCAAAUAUGGACUAGCACAAAUUUAUGGAUGCCAUGAUCCUACUUUUGAACUAAACUUUGUUUUCUUAUUUCACCAUUUCAAAUAUUCCAAUGCAACCACUUCUGCCAUUGAAGUUGUGGUUGUUUGUUCUAUCAAUUACAAAAGUCGCAAGCUGUGACGUUUAGAAAUAUAUUUUCGGCUCUUCUUCUGAGAUUAUUGGUUUUACAAAAGAAGAGCUCCUGUAUAUUUUACUCCUAUGUAAUCUGAGGGGAGAAAUAAGAGAAAAAGAACAGGAGGAUAUCGGUAUGCCACUCUGUUCUUCUAAUUCUGUGUUACUAAUUUUUAAAAAUGUCAUGAGUAGAAGAAAGCAGAAUGAAUUAUAAAUUAUUGGAAGUUUAUAUCUUUUGAGACAGUAAAUGAAUGUGAACUAAAUGUUAAAUAGAAUGUGUAUAUUUUUAGGUAACCUUACUAUAUAUACAAAGAGAGGGA